AUGAGUGAGAAGAAACGAUGUUGCUUACUGAAUCAUCAACUGCUAUGCUUAGGUGAAGAAGAGGAGGAUAAAUUACCUAGAAGAGAGAGCUUGAGACCAAAGAGGAAGCGGACCAGAGAUGUCAUCAGAGAGGAGGACCCAGAACCUGAGCCAGAGGAUGAAGAAACAAGAAAGGCAAGACAAAAAGAAAGGAGAAGGAGGCUGAGGAGAGGAGUGGAGGAAGAAGAAGAAAUUGAUGAAGAGGAAUUGGAAAGAUUGAAGGCCCUGUUAGAUGAGAACAAACAAAUGAUUGCUACUGUCAAAUGCAAACCUUGGAAAAUGGAGAAGAAAAUUGAAGUUCUUAAAGAAGCCAAAAAGUUUGUGAAUGAAAAUGAAGAGGCUCUUGGGAAAGGAAAAGGAAAGCAGUGGUUUGCAUUUAAAAUGAUGAUGGCCAAGAAAUGGGCAAAAUUCCUCCGUGAUUUUGAGAACUUCAAAGCUGCUUGUAUCCCAUGGGAAAACAAAAUCAAGGCAAUUGAAAGCCAGUUUGGCUCAUCUGUGGCCUCAUACUUCCUGUUCCUGAGGUGGAUGUAUGGAGUCAAUAUGGUUCUCUUUAUCCUGACAUUCAGUCUCAUCAUGUUACCAGAGUACCUCUGGGGUUUGCCAUAUGGCAGCUUACCUAGGAAAACAGUCCCAAGAGCUGAAGAGGCAUCUGCAGCCAACUUUGGUGUGUUGUACGAUUUCAAUGGCCUGGCACAGUAUUCUGUCCUCUUUUAUGGCUACUAUGACAAUAAACGCACGAUUGGAUGGCUGAAUUUCCGGCUGCCGCUUUCUUACUUCCUGGUGGGCAUUAUGUGCAUUGGAUUCAGCUUUCUGGUGGUCCUCAAAGCGAUGACCAAAAAUAUUGGUGAUGAUGGAGGUGGUGAUGACAACACGUUCAAUUUCAGCUGGAAGGUGUUCUGCAGCUGGGACUACCUGAUUGGUAAUCCCGAAACAGCCGACAACAAAUUUAAUUCUAUCACAAUGAACUUCAAGGAAGCGAUUAUAGAAGAAAGAGCAGCCCAGGUGGAGGAAAACGUCCACCUGAUCAGAUUCCUGAGGUUUCUUGCCAACUUCUUCGUAAGUAGUGAGAGCCUAGGCAUGUUCAUGUGGCGCCUCUUGCUGUUUGGCUUUCAUUUUGAGGUGCUAAUCCAGCAUCUGUGCUUUCUCCAGCCUUCAUACACAGAAUUUGACAUCAGUGGCAAUGUCCUCGCUCUGAUCUUCAACCAAGGCAUGAUCUGGAUGGGCUCCUUCUUUGCUCCUAGCCUCCCAGGCAUCAAUAUCCUCCGACUCCACACAUCCAUGUACUUCCAGUGCUGGGCGGUGAUGUGCUGCAAUGUUCCUGAGGCCAGAGUCUUCAAAGCGUCCAGAUCCAACAAUUUCUACCUGGGCAUGCUGCUGCUCAUCCUCUUCCUGUCCACCAUGCCCGUCCUGUACAUGAUCGUCUCCCUGCCGCCGUCUUUCGAUUGUGGUCCCUUCAGUGGCAAAAACAGGAUGUUUGAAGUCAUUGGUGAGACCCUGGAAAAUGAUUUCCCAAGCUGGAUGGCGAAGAUUUUGAGGCAGCUUUCUAACCCCGGGCUGGUCAUUGCUGUCAUUCUGGUGAUGGUUUUGGCCAUCUAUUAUCUCAAUGCUACUGCCAAGGGCCAGAAAGCCGCAAAUCUGGAUCUAAAAAGGAAGAUGAAACUGCAAGCUUUGGAGAACAAAAUGCGGAACACGAAAAUGGCAGCCGCUCGAGCAGCAGCAGCUGCUGGUGGCCAGUAACUUCCACAAAUUUCCUGGGGGCACAGAAGUACUCUUCACCUUCCUGAUUAAUAUAAGGAGCUGUGUGAAAGGCCAGUGAACAAGCCCUGGAGACCUUCCUGUGUUCUACCACGGAUGGAUUCCAAAGGUCACGAUCACCA